AAAUAAUGAAUGAAGCACUUUAUCAAGAACCAGAAUUAUUACUUAAAUCCGAUGAUUUUACGUCUUUGGAAGUUGAUACUGUUAUUUGGCUUUUACAACGUGAUGAUUUAGGAAUGUCAGAAUUAGAUCUUUGGUUACGUCUUGUUGCAUGGGGAAUUGGACAACUUCACACGCCUUUAGAUCUUGAUGUAAAAAAAUGGUCAGAUGAAGAAUUUAUUGAAUUAGAAAAUAAAUUACAUCCUUGUAUUCCACAUAUUAGGUGGCGCCACAUUCCAGCUGCAGAAUUUAAAAAACAAGUUUCAAUAUAUGAACGUCUCUUACCAACUGAAUUACAUGAUCCUGAUAUUAGUGGAUCAUCAGCAUUUUAUACAUCACCAACUUAUUCUGUUGUUGCAUCAAGAAUUCAAUCCGUUUUAAUAACCCCAGAUCAUGCAGCAAGAAUUGCAAGUUGGAUAGAUAGAUUAGAUGAUACACCGUUAGAAAAUGAAGAGAAAUUAUACAAGUCAUGGCAUAUUCCAUAUCAAUUUAAACUCGUAGUUCGAGGAAGUCGAGAUCAAAAGUUUCUUCAACAUACUUUGACGUCCAAUCAAGCAGUAGUUAUAAUCAAACCUUUAAAUUCAACAGAAAUUCUUGGAGG